AUGUAUGUCGUCAAACGACAGGUACCUGUCCUCAUCGGGGCAGUUCUCCUUCUCCUCCACCAUUUCCCCAUCGCCCAUUCCCAGCCCCUACCCAUCCCCGGCGCCCAACCCAUCCCCGGAGCCCUACCCGUACCCGGCGCGCUACCAGUUCCCGGCGCCCAGCCCGUUCCCGGCGCGCUACCAGUCCCCGGCGCGCAGCCUGGCGCGCCCGGCCAAGCAUGCGAGCCGAUUCCGACGGACAAGACUCAGCUCAACGCAUGGUUCGAGCGCAAUGUGGCUCAAAUGUCGCAGUCGGUAGUGUCGGCGCAAUCGGUGCUGAGCGCCGCCCUGGCCGGACCGCCAAAAGUGAUCACGGUCAAGGCCGACGGGAGCGGGCAGUUCAAGUGCAUCACGGAAGCCGUAAACAGCAUCCCUCCGGACAACAAGCAGCGCGUAGUGAUCUUCAUCGGGGCCGGGAACUACACGGAGAAGGUGAAGAUUGAGAGGAACAAGCCCUUCAUCACCUUCUUCGGAGACCCGCUGUGCAGGCCGACCAUGGUGUUCGACGGCAACGCCGCCAAGUUCGGGACGGCCGACAGCGGGACGCUGAUCGUGGAGUCGGACUACUUCACGGCGAUCAACAUGGUCAUUGUGAACUCGUCGCCCCGGCCCGACGGGAAGAUGGUGGGAGCUCAGGCGGUGGCGAUGAGGAUAAUGGGCGACUACGCGGCCUUCUUCAACUGCAGCUUCCAUGGCUUCCAGGACACGCUGAUGGACGACAUGGGGAGGCAUCUGUACAAAGACUGCUACAUCGAGGGCACUGUGGACUUCAUCUUCGGGAGCGGGCAGUCUCUGUAUCUCAACAGCGAGAUCCACGUCAUCCCGGGGGACCCCAUGGCCAUCAUCACCGCCCAUUCGAGGAAGACCCUGCCGGAGACCAGCGGCUACGUCUUCGUGCACUGCAACGUCACCGGCACCGGCGGGAUCGCGUAUCUGGGGAGGACCUGGUUCGACUGCUCCCGGGUGAUCUUCGCCUACUGCGAGCUGACAGACGUGGUCCAUCCUCAGGGCUGGUCCAACAACAAUCAUCCCAACACCGACGCCACCGCCUACUUCGGGGAGUACAACAACCAAGGUCCCGGAGCUCUGCUGGACCAGCGAGCACCCUUCACCAAGAGGAUGACCGACGCCGAGAUUCAGCCCUUCCUCAACCUCGGAUACAUCGAGGCUGCCCAGUGGCUGCAGAUUCCCACUCUUCCUGCGCCUCAGCCUCAGCCGCAGGCCAUUUAAUCCUUUU